ACCUAGUUACAUUACAAAUGUAGAUUCCAACAAAAUAAACAGGGCAGCAUGUUACUUGAAGAACAAGUGGAAUCGAAGAACCCUAACUCAACCGAUUGCAGCGAUUUCAACCCCUAACUCCUCAGAUUCCAAGCAAUCAAUCGAUUAUCAUCACAAACCAGAACCACUCGAUCGAUUCCGCAAUCAAACAUCCUUCAAUUUCAACUCAAAUCCUCCCUCUAUCGAUGAAUUGAGACACACAACAGAUUACUUGCUUCACACGUCUCCGAUCGAUCGUACAAUCACGUUAUCUGAAACCCUACGAACUGAAUUUGUUCCAAUCUGUAAUCGAACACCGAAUUUAGGGCUAAAACCAUGGGGAACAAGAUCGCACGAACGACACAAGCUUCUGCAACGGAGUAUUACCUCCAUGACUUACCUUCUUCGUAUAAUCUGGUACUGAAAGAGGUUUUGGGACGAGCACGGUUCCUGAAAUCGAUACUGUGUAAGCAUGACGAAGGAUUGGUGCUAGUGAAGGUGUAUUUUAAGCGUGGUGAUUCGAUUGAUCUUCGUGAGUAUGAACGGAGGUUGUCUCAGAUUCGAGAGAUAUUUAGUCGUAUGGAGAAUCCUCACGUUUGGCCGUUUCAGUUUUGGCUUGAGACUGAUAAAGCUGCCUACUUAUUGAGGCAAUACUUCUUCAAUAACCUUCAUGAUCGACUGAGUACACGGCCUUUUUUAAGCCUCGUUGAGAAGAAAUGGCUGGCUUUUCAGUUGCUGUGUGCGGUGAAACAGAGUCAUGAUAAUGGAGUUUGUCAUGGUGAUAUUAAAUGCGAGAACGUGUUGGUUACUUCUUGGAACUGGCUUUACCUUGCUGACUUUGCGUCCUUUAAACCAACAUACAUCCCUCAUGAUGAUCCCUCUGAUUUUUCUUUUUUCUUUGAUACUGGAGGAAUGAGACGCUGCUAUCUUGCACCAGAGAGAUUGUAUGAGCAUGGAGGCGAGAUUCAAGUUUCACAAGAUGCACCUUUAAGGCCAUCAAUGGACAUCUUUUCUGUUGGGUGUGUGAUUGCAGAACUUUUCCUAGAGGGCCAACCCCUUUUUGAACUAUCACGACUACUUGCAUAUCGAAGGGGCCAAUUUGAUCCUAGCCAACAUUUGGAAAAGAUUCCAGAUUCAGGAAUCCGCAAAAUGAUUCUUCAUAUGAUUCAACUUGAUCCUGAUUCCCGUUGUUCUGCUGAAAGCUACCUGCAAACCUAUGCAGGUGUUGUUCUUCCAUGCUACUUCUCUCCAUUCCUGCAUAAUUUAUAUUCAAAUUUGAAUCCAAUCAAUCCUGAUUCUCGGGUAGCAAUGCUCCAGCUUUCUUUCCCUGAAAUACUAAAACAAAUGUUAACCAACCGAACAGGCGAAGAAACCGAUACAAAACCGAAGAUGGAAGACGCGAUUCUUUCCGAAAAUUCUCCAAAUCACAAACAAGGAAAGCUGCUUCAAACCAUCUCCAAUGUUUUCAAACGAAACCAUCAUCCAUUCUUGCGAGAAAUCGCAAUGAGUGAUCUAAACUCAUUAAUGUCCGACUACGACAACCAGUCAGAUACUUUCGGAAUGCCGUUUUUACCCUUACCACAAGACAACACAAGCUGUGAAGGAAUGGUUCUGAUCGCUUCGUUACUCUGUUCCUGUAUACGAAACGUUAAAACGCCUCAGUUAAGACGAAGUGCGGUUUUGUUAUUGAAGUCUUGCUCGUUAUACAUUGAUGACGAGGAUCGGUUACAACGCGUGCUUCCGUACGUCAUCGCGAUGCUCUCGGAUCCGUCGGCAAUCGUCAGAUCUGCUGCUUUGGAGACCCUUUGUGAUAUUCUACCGUUGGUUCGCGAUUUUCCUCCUAGUGAUGCGAAGAUAUUCCCGGAAUAUAUUCUUCCGAUGCUUUCGAUGCUUCCGGAUGAUCCGGAAGAAAGCGUUCGGAUCUGCUAUGCGAGUAAUAUUUCGAAACUUGCGUUAACCGCGUAUGGAUUUUUAAUUCACUCGAUAAGUUUAACGGAAGCAGGGGUUCUCAAUGAUCUUAGUACGAAUCAGAAAUCACAAAAAAUAACCGGUAAAAACGAUGCACAGCUGGCACAGUUAAGGAAAUCGAUAGCCGAAGUUAUUCAAGAGCUUGUGAUGGGACCGAAACAAACACCAAAUAUACGAAGAGCGUUGUUACAAGAUAUCGGUAAUCUUUGUUGGUUUUUCGGUCAAAGACAAAGUAAUGACUUUUUAUUACCGAUUUUACCCGCGUUUCUUAACGAUCAAGACGAGCUUUUGAGAUCGGUUUUUUACCGUCAGAUAAUUUAUGUUUGUUUCUUUGUUGGUCAACGAAGUGUCGAGGAGUAUCUUUUACCGUACCUUGAACAAGCGUUAGGUGAUUCGACGGAGGGCGUAAUCGUCAAUGCGUUAGAUUGUUUGUCUAUUUUAUGCACAAGUGGUUUUUUGAGGAAACGGAUACUUCUCGAAAUGAUUGAACAUGCGUUCCCGCUGUUGUGUUAUCCAAGUCAAUGGGUUAGAAGAUCGGUGGUUACAUUUAUUGCAGCGAGUAGUGAAAGUCUAGGUGCAGUUGAUUCGUACGUUUUUCUUGUUCCGCUAAUUCGUCCUUUUCUUCGUCGGCAACCAUCAUCGUUAGCUUCCGAAAAAGCUCUUUUUUCGUGUUUAAAACCACCGGUUUCGCGACAGGUGUUCUACCAGAUUUUAGAAAACAACCGGAGCUCUGACAUGUUGGAACGACAGAGAAAAAUAUGGUACAACAACUCGUCUUCUUCAAAAGCUAAACAAUCGGAAAACGAUGACACGUACCAGAAAAACAUUCGUGAGUUGGAUCAAAUGAAAAUGUGGCCCGAUCGGAGGCCCGUUACAGGCGCGAUUCAUCAGUCGUUUACCCUCGGUGAAAUCGGAAGCUUUGCUAGAACCGCUUCGGGGUCUGUUGAUAUUUUGGAUCCGUUAUUUUCGGAUAAGUUAAAGUUUUCGGGAUUUAUGUCACCGCAAAUUAGCGGUGCGAGUAGUUUAAUUGGUGAUAAGUCUUCAGAUGGUAUACCUUUAUACUAUUUCAAAUACGAUAACAAGAAAUCACCACCGGGAAGUGCCCCGUCAGCACCGGAAUCGUUAUCAUCGUCAACCGAUCCGCAACUUCACAGAGUGGUACACGAGCUUGAAGAUCGUGAACCGGAUCAAACCGUCCACGUCAGCAAUAAGUUUCAAGAACUUCACGUCAGUAACAAGUUUCAAGAAACGGGAACUCUAAAAGGAAUCUCGGUUAUGGCGGAUGAUAACUCGAACUCGCCGGCAAUUCCCGAUCCCGGGUGGCGGCCACGUGGCGUGUUGGUGGCGCACCUACAAGAACACCGUUCAGCCGUCAACGACAUCGCACUCUCAACGGACCAGACGUUUUUCGUUACCGCGUCUGAUGAUUCCACCGUUAAGGUUUGGGAUUCUCGGAAGCUGGAAAAGGACAUUUCGUUUAAAUCGAAAUUAACGUAUUGCCUAGACGGAAGCCGAGCACUUUGUACCACGAUGAUUCACGGGUCAGCCCAAGUUGUCGUCGGGGCGUCUGAUGGUACAAUCCAUACAUUUUCAGUCGAUUAUGUCUCUCACGGGCUUGGAACCGUUGUUGAAAAAUACUCCGGAAUCACCGACGUUAAAAAGAAUAAUAUCAAAGAAGGUGCUAUCCUCACGUUACUAAACUACACGUCAGCUGGUGGUGAUGAUGGUAAAAUGUUUCUUUACAGCACACAGAAUUGCGGGAUACAUUUAUGCGAUACACGAGAAAAUACAAAUUCGUGGAAUACGAAAGUGGUUCCGGAAGAAGGUUACGUGUGUGCACUUGUGGCGAGUCCAUGUGGUAAUUGGUUUGUUUCUGGUUCUUCAAGGGGUGUUUUAACGUUAUGGGAUUUGAGAUUCGGUAUACCCGUUAAUUCUUGGCAGUAUUCGGUUGCGUGCCCUAUUGCCGAUAUGUGUCUUUUUGUUCCUCCGAAUCAGAGUUCGUCGUUAUCUUCAACGGUUAGGCCGCUUGUUUAUGUUGCUGCUGGCUGUAAUGAAGUUUCUUUGUGGAAUGCAGAAAAUGGGAGUUGUCAUCAGGUACUGAGGGUUGCAAAUAGUGAUAACGAGACCGAGACAUCCGACCUACCAUGGGCCUUGGCCCGCCCAUCCAACAAAACACAUUCUAAAGUAGAUUCUAGAAGGAACGUAAAUUUCAAGUACAGAGUCGAUGAACUGAACGAUCCUCCACCACGAUCACCCGGAAUCCGUUCACUGCUCCCAUUACCUGGCGGUGAUCUGUUAACCGGUGGCACCGAUUUAAAAAUCCGCAGAUGGGAUCAUGCUAGCCCGGAGCGAACUUAUUGCGUCUGUGGUCCGUCGAUUAAAGGUGUUGGAAAUGAUGAAUUUUAUGAAACCAAAUCCAGUUUUGGUGUGCAAAUUGUUCAGGAGUCAAAAAGGCGAGAAACUAGGCCGACCGGAAAAGCAGUUCUUGCAGCUGCCGCCACCGACACUGGUGGCUGUCACCGUGACUCUAUCCUCUCUUUGGCUUCUGUGAAACUGAACCAGAGACUGCUGUUAUCAAGCAGUAGAGAUGGCACCGUCAAGGUUUGGAAGUAGACUGGUGAUUUUACUUGUAUAUAUGUAGUAUUAGUGCAUCCCAACACUGCAUUAUAACUUUUUAUAUUUAUUAUAUGUAUAUUAUUUUAUAUAUAAUAUUUUAUGUAUAGUACUAUUUAAGGCUGUGAUUAGCAUCAAGGUUAUCAGCUUCUGUAUCUAUUAUGCUUGAUAACAUUUUUUUGAUCAUUCAUUUGCUUUACUUUUAUAGCAUGUAGAUAUUGCCUAA